CGUGCUGCACCUUGAAGAAGAGGAAGCAGAAGAGGGCGAUGGCGGCUUGUAUUUCCUCUUCUUCGUCUUCGUCUUCGGAGACCCACUCUUGUUGCUCCUCCUCCUCCACCUCUCCUUUUCCUUGCGUGAAUCCUCCGUUCCUCCGAUUUUUAUCUUGUCGUCUGUUUCCCUUGCUCCCUCUCUCCUUCUCUUCUUAACUCCCACGUUGCUGCUUAGAACAAUCGGUGCUGAAUCUCCCAACAUCCCUGUGGCGUGCCCUUCUCCGGCGCACUUUUUUUUUACACCCUUUGCGUACUCCCGCUUUGGUUUAUGAGCUCGAAGGAGAAACCGACCCUUGGUGGUACGCGGAUCAAAACCCGCAAACGGAACAUAGCGGUUCCGUUGGACACUGGAACAUUUGCAGAUGCUGUGGUCCAAAUCUAUAACGAGCAUUCGGGAGACUUGGAGCUUAUUGCCAAGGACGUCGAUGCUUCAGAGCUCGACUUCUCACGAUAUGGAGAAACCUUUUUCGAGGUUGUUUUUACUGGAGGUCGCAACCAGCCAGGAACAACCAAACCUGAGGAAGGAGAACGCCAUCCUUACUCUGUUCUGAACUGCGAUGACACGCGGGAGAGCAUUCUCCCGAUCGUGCUCUUCUUGCAGAAGAUUAUCAGGCGUAGGCCGUUCAUGAUCAAGACUCUUGAGAAUGUGAUGAAGAGGCUUUUGCAAUCCUUGGAGUUGUAUGGCCCUGAGGAUCGCACAAAGUUGGCCAUCUUUACGGCCUUGACGUUUUCUCAAAAGCUCUCAGGGCUGCCUCCUGAAACGAUCUUCUCUGCGUUGAUGAGCGACACUUUGAUCUCGAAGGGUAUUGUGCUGCACUUUGUGACUGAUACAUUCAAGGUCUACCUGGUGGAGAACAGUUUGGAUGACUUGGUGAGUCUUCUGAAGCGUGCGAAGAUGGACGACCGCCUGCUGGACCUGUUUCCCAUGCAAAAGCGAUCGAUUGAAGGAUUCGCUGAGCAUUUCAACAAGGAAGGCCUUGGUGUACUUGUCGAGUACAACACAAAGAAGGUGUUCGAGGUGAAGUUGAAGGAGCUACGCACAACGAUGACUGAUCAGAUUGCGGAAAAUGUGAAUGUCAACGAGGUUAUUGAGAUGGUGAAGGCGAAGCGGAAAGAAGCGACGUUGCCAGACGUGGAUGUUGUACGCACAAUCUGGGAUGCGAUUAUGGACGCCGUGCAGUGGUCCGGCAAGAACCAGCAGCAGAAUUCGAAUCUUGCUCUUCGCCAGGUCAAGCAAUGGGGCAAGCUUUUGGGUGCGUUUUGCACUACUGCUAGGCUGGAGAUGGACUUGAUGUACAAAAUCCAGAUUCACUGCUACGAGGAUGCCAAGCUGAUGAAGUUAUUUCCUGAGAUCAUCAGAGCACUGUAUGAUCAGGAUGUCUUGGCAGAGGACACAAUUUUGAACUGGUUCAAGAAAGGGACCAAUCCCAAGGGCAGACAAACCUUUGUGAAGGGACUUGAGCCGUUUGUGAAAUGGUUGGAGGAAGCGGAAGAGGAGGAGUAAUUUCAAGUUCACACUAGGCCGUUGAAUUGUUGGUAGCCAUUGCUUGGGUGUAGUUCUUUGUCUUCAUAAGCAAGAGAAGUUCGUGCUUUGGCCUUGUUACGGAGGGUAUGGUAAUUUAUGGGAGAGCUUUGUCGCAGUUUUAUUAUGUAGUGUAUGCACUUGAACCUGCUGUGUGUCUUUAUAUUUAAUGGGUAUUUUGUUCAACGGUACUCAAGAUUAUCGCCA